AUGUACAGUCGUCACCGACACCUGUGCUCAACCGGUCGAACGCGACGCCUCUGCGGAAAUUGUGCGCUAUCGGACCAGGUAACCCGAUUACCCGAUGGAUUAGUCACACCUUCCCGGUUAUAUACGAAUAUGAGAAGAAAUCCACUCACAUUUGCACGCUUCAUUGAAAUGGUCAAGAGUGAUAGCACGAUAUUUACCGUAACACGACCAGCCGAUCAACCACCGCCAACGUCGAAGGAUCGCUUCGUUUUCAAGAAUAGGACACGGUUUAUUAUAUUGGUCGUAUGCACAUUAUGCUUAUCGAUCGCUCAAAGCGACACCCUGACGCUGAACUUCACAUUUAUCUGUAUGGCCGGCGAUCCAGUGGAUAUCGGCACGUACAACUCGUCCGGCGUGAUCCACGUUACGGAGAAUGGGACAUACUAUGAGACCGGUAGCGGAACGUAUUUGGCGGAAUAUGAGCAAGCUGUACUCGAACAACAACGUUAUGCUUACACGCCGAAUGAGAAAAAUAUGUUAUUUUCAAUUGUAGCCGUUGGAGCCAUGGUGGCCGUCUAUCCGGUAAUGUGGCUUAUUCAGAAGUUCGGCUCCCGAUCGGUUGUCACAUUUUUCGGCUUCUUCUCUGCUCUCUGUACUGCUCUAAUUCCACUAUGUGCAUAUCUGGGCUUCUACUGGAUGGUUGUGAUGCGAUUUUUCCAGGGAACCGGACUUUCCACUGGAUUCACACUUAUCGGGAUUGUUACCCGUCAUUGGUCCAUGCAAAAACAAAACGCGUUCUACAUCGCUUUUCUGACCUGCUUUUUCCAGAUUGGUCCGAUUUUCACUAUGCCGGUUGCUGGUGCACUUUGUACGUCAUCGUUAGGAUGGCCAUCCGUCUACUAUCUUCACGCUUUCAUAACUGUCCUCUUAUUUGUCUUAUUCCUAUAUUUCUACAGGCAACAACCGGAUCGCCAUUAUUUUGUAUCAGUCAAGGAACUGGAUCGUAUCAAGCGUGGAAAAGGGGACAGCACGAAGAAAGAGCCUGUGCCAUUCAGGGCUAUCGUCACUAGCAACGCUAUCAUUGCCGUUUGGAUUUCGGCCGUUGCUAAUUUCAUGGGUAUUCAGGUCACGAUGCAAUUCUCACCUACAUAUCUUAACAAGGUUAUGGGUUUUCCCGUGGAACAGACUGGAGUGUUCAGUGCGAUUCCACAGAUUGUCACGUUUGUACUAAAAAUGUUCGCUGGUGUACUUGCGGACAAAGCAACAUGUUGUGCACCUGUCACGUCAGUGAAGAUUUUCAAUUUUCUCGCCAUCGGAGGCAUGGGAAUCACGUUCUUCGCGCUGGCCUUCAUCCCUACAUCCAUGCCAACUUUUGGGCUAGUUAUGCUAAUAUGUUGUUGCUCUAUUGUUGGCUUCAAUUGUGGAGCAUUCUUUCGUAGUUCAGCGAUCGUUGCCGCGCAACAUAAUCAUUUUGUUAUGGGUGUGAAUUCAUUUAUUAAUUGUAUGGCAUCGUUAUUAGCACCGGUUGUUGUGAAUAUAUUCGUUCGUAAUGAUACUUGGGAUGAAUGGUGGUACGUAUGGAUUGUUCACGGGAUUGUUAUGACACUUUGCAACAUCUACUUCAUGUUCUUUGGCAAAGGUGAACCGGCUGAAUGGACAAAACCUGGAUACGGUGCCAAAGUACAACCAACGGCACCGGAGCUUGAGGCACCACCGAGGUCGCAUCCCAGAGAUGCACGAUUCUCGAUGCGUUUAAAUGACAAGAUUUCCGUCUCUGUCCAAACGGUUGGUCUAUCUCGUUGUGACACCUGCCGUGCAUCGCCACCAUCUCCAGAUAGCAACAGCGACAAAGCAGACACUUCUCCAAUACUGACACCACGGAAAUGGGUCCCAGUACGCAAAGCCCACGGAUCGUGCAAUUCACUCGAAGACUAUCUCAGUGUUGAAGCUGAUCAAAUCCGACCACCUCCAAGAAGCAACCAUUCGAAGAUUAUUCUGCCAGAUGGAGAGCAACCGGAAAAUCAUUAG